AUGGAUCGAGAGGAUUGUCUCCGGCUCCUUCGAUCCUGCGCUUCCAUCUCCGCGGUUCGAGAGGCUCACGCUAGGAUCCGCCCCUUUUUGGCGCCAAGCGAUGCCUUCCUCCACAACAAGCUCAUCGAUGCCUACGGCCGGUGUGGCUGCGCCCAGAGCUCGCGCGCUGUUUUCGAUGCCAUGCCCGACGCGACCAAGAAUCCCUUCUCCUGGACGCUCAUCGUUUCGGCCUACGCGCGAAAUGGGCUUGUUGACGAUGCUCGCGUGCUGCUGGAUGCGAUGCCACAUUGCAAAAGAGUGGCCUCCACCACCAUGAUCUCGGCGUAUGCCAGACACGGGCAUAUCGACCGUGCCUGGGACGUGUUUGAGGCGAUGCUGGAGAAAGAUCUAGUUGCGUGGAACACAAUGCUAGAUGGGUUUUGUUCUUGUGGCUUUACGCAAAGAGCAAAACAUUUAUUCGAUUCCAUGCCUCGUAAAGAUGCUGUAUCUUGGACCACCAUCUUUACCGCAUAUGCCAAGGAAGGGUAUCUAGCGGAAGUUGAAGUUUUGUUUCAGAGGAUGCCAACGAAAGACCUUGUUUCGUUCAACGCGAUGCUAGCGGCUUACGCACGUAAUUUUUGUACAGGAGAAGCUAACCGCUGUUUUAUCUCUAUGCCACAGCAUUGUUUUAUUUCUUGGACAACACUCUUUUCAGCAUUUGCCACUGUUGGGGAUGCUGAUCACGCAAACAGCUUGUUUCAGAGGAUGCCGGAGCACGACCUUCUGUCAGCAAAUGCAAUGCUGGCAUUGAUGAGCUCGCGUGGAGAUACCAUCGAAGCAGAAAAACUCUUUUUUUCAAUGCCAAAAAGAGAUUUGGCUUCGUGGACCUCCCUCCUUUCGACAUAUUCUCACGCGGGCGAUCUCCAGCAAGCUAGGGCCACAUUCGAUCGGAUGCCACAGCGGGAUCUCUUCUCCUGGGCAGUGAUGAUCGGUGCUUACGGUCAGAGCUCACGGCCCCGGGACUCGGAAAAGAUCUUCGAGGAAAUGCCCGAGAGAGAUAUUGUUUCAUGGAACUCGAUGCUCUCGGCGUGUGCUCGAUGUGGACGAUCCCUCCAAGCAAAGAUUGUUUUUGAUCGAAUGCCACAGCAUAACGUCGUCUCAUGGACGGCGAUGCUUUCUCUAUAUAGCGACAUGGGUUGGAUCGAGCAAGCCAAGCUACUGUUCGAUGGAAUCCAAGAGAAAAAUCUGGCCGUCUGGAACGCCAUGCUUGCUGCUUAUGCUCACAACCGGCUUCUGCCCGAAGCUAGCCAGAUAUUUCACUCGCUUCCAGAGCACAACAUCGUUUCCUCGACAAUCAUGGUUUCGGCUUUAGGCCGAGAAGGGCAUGUUGAGGAAGCAAUGGACAUAUUUAACACGGCCGAGGACGACAAUAUCGUGCUUAAAAACUCCAUGCUCUCUGUGUAUGCCCAAAACGGGCAUAUCCUCAAAGCCAAAGACAUGUUUGAUAAGAUGGGGGAGCGUGAUCUUGCGUCGUGGGAUAUAAUGCUAUCCGGCUAUCUUCGACAUGGAAAGAUGCUAGACGAAGCAAGGGAUUUGUUUCAUAGAAUGCCCGAGCAAGACACUCUGUCGGUAACUUCACUGUGCUGCGCAUAUGCCCAAGAGGGGCAUAUCGAAGAAUCCAAGCGCUUGUUUAGAAGAAUGCCGGGAAUGGAUCUGAUCUCUUCAACAUUGAUGCUAAAGAAAUUUUCGCAAAACGGAGAUAUCGCCAGUGUAAAGGAGAUCUUUGAUGCCAUACACGAGAAAGACAGCGUUGCAUGGAAUGUGAUGCUCGAUGCUUAUGGCCGGAGAGGAGACUUGGAAGAAAUGAAGCUCCUCUUUGAUGAAAUCCCUCGCUCCGAGGUAUCAAUGGCGACUUGGAACACGAUGCUCUCAGCUUACUCCCAGAGACGCCAUUUAAAACAUUCUCUGGAAGUGUUCCAUAGGAUUCCCGAGAAGGACGUGAUCUCGUGGACGGCUCUUCUCGCAGCCUACGCUCAAAACGGGCAUUUCAGCGAAGCUCGCCGGGUUUUCUAUGUGCUCCCAGAACCCGACCGAGUGUCUUGGAAUGCCAUGAUCGCUUCUUACUGCCACAAUGGUCUUACGAAGCAAGCUCUCGACACCUUUCACUCCAUGAAGAUGGUCCAGAUGCCCGACUCUGCAACCUUCGUCUCGGUGCUCAUCUCGUGUAGCUCCCAAGGAAAGCUCUGCGACGCGAGACAUCACUUUGUGUCGAUGGCUCUCGACUUCUCCUUGCUUUGCACCAAGCAGCACUUUAGCUGCAUGAUCGAUCUCCUCGGCCGGAUGGGACGUGUGGAAGAUGCAAAGGAGCUCAUCAGCACAAUGCCGUUUGUUCCAGACAUUCUAGAGUGGGUUUGUCUCCUCGGUGCUUCGCGAAACCACAGCGACGUGACAAACACCGCAAGCUCCAUCACUGCUUUGAGCAGCCCGAGUGGCCAGGCGAUCACAUCACAUUACGUGCUGCUAGCAAACUUGUAUUCACUCGAUCAACCAAGCCUCGUACAAGCAAAAGUUGAUUAA